GCCCUCCAUUUUAACAUGAAUUUUUAUUAAGUCCGCCACAAAAAAAUUUUUAAUAAAACUUUUUUAUAGCUUAAACCUACUCCACUCUAAAUCAUUCGCAAAAUCUAUAAUUCUGUGAGUUUCAAUCAACGGCUGGCAUCACUAAAUUUGUGGACUUUCAAUGGACGGCCGGCAUCGGUAAAUUUGUGGAACCAUAAGUGGAACCGUAGCUCUGCCCUACUUCAAAAUUUAACCUCUUUCUUCAUUUAAUUCCUUCAGUAGCUUCAUCCUGUAUCUUUAUACUGCAUACACACACAAAUCACUCAGUUUCUCUAUAUUUUUUUCUUUCAUGGUUUCAUUCAUCAAUGGCUACAGAAGUAAGAAAAGUGCCAAUUGUUAGAAUUAUUGAUGAUCUGGUAGCUCUAUGGGAUCUGGUAGCUAUAAAUAAAGUGUUGUCUCAAGGAAUUUUUGUUGUUCAUUUUCAAGGAUGCCAACUCAUUCCAUUACUACAUCUUAGAGUUGGAGAUUGUGCUGGCGUAAUUUCCAUGUCUUUAACUUACCCAAUGGACAUGGUGCGGGGCAGAAUCACUGUGCCGACAGAGAAGUCUCCUUAUCAGUACAGAGAAAUGUUCCAUACUCUAUCCACCAUACUCCGUGAGGAAGGUCCACAUGCUUUGUAUAAAGGAUGGCUUUCUUCAUUCAUAGGAGUUGUGUCCAAAAUGAAGAAAGAGAUGAAGAAAGUGAUGAAGACAUUGACCUUACUUGAGAAGAUUUUUGGGUUGUGGAUAAAUGCUCUAAUAUCAAUAGUUUUGUGUUGACUUUCUUGAAACUUAUCGUAACCCAAACUUUCUAGUAUGUAUAAACUUAACCAAUCAUUUGAACUUGAUUACAUUUUUAUUUUGGGUUUAAAUUGCUAGCUUGAUGCAUAUUUUGAAUUAUGAGAUUAUUAAUGAAUGAUUUUGUUUUGUGAUGUGUA